AAAGAAUGCAUUCUCAUGUGAAUAAGGCUUUAAAUUGCCGCAGAUAUGGCGCCAAUGACGUCACAGCCAAUAGACGCGUUGGAUUUGCCGCGCAACGGAUAUGACGUUCGCCGCGAGAAUAGACGCGCUUCGUUUCCGGAAGACUCAACGGCCUCGUAGCGGCAGGUUUACUCCACUCUCCGACCGCGACGAAAAGAUUCAUAAGCAUCGUCGAGCGUCGUCGCGCUGAAGCUAUAAUCGAGCAUGGACGCUCGGUGAGAAUUCCUAUCCGUUAAUCUCGUCGAUCAAUCAACGAAGAAGAAGAAAGAGAGGAAGAAAAAGAAGAAAUCCUGAUCAGGAUGUAUCUCUAUAAUUUGACCUUGCAACGCGCCACCGGCAUCACUCAUGCGGUCCAUGGAAACUUCUCUGGCAGCAAGAUGCAGGAGAUCCUAGUCUCCCGCGGCAAGUCGCUGGAGCUGCUGCGACCGGAUCCGAACACCGGGAAGGUUCACACCCUGCUGACCAUCGAGGUCUUCGGCGUCAUCAGAUCCUUGACGACGUUCAGACUGACCGGUGCAACCAAGGAUUACAUCAUCGUGGGCUCUGACUCCGGGCGCAUAGUGAUCCUGGAGUACAUUCCCGCCAAGAACAUGUUCGACAAGGUUCACCAGGAGACUUUUGGUAAAAGUGGCUGCAGACGCAUCGUUCCUGGCCAGUAUCUGGCCAUUGAUCCCAGGGGCAGAGCAGUUAUGAUAGGUGCUAUCGAGAAACAGAAGCUUGUCUAUAUCUUGAACAGAGAUGCUGAAGCUCGUUUAACGAUAUCUUCUCCAUUGGAGGCUCAUAAAAGCAACACUCUGGUGUAUCACACAGUUGGUGUCGAUGUUGGCUUUCAGAAUCCCAUAUUUGCGUGUCUGGAGAUCGAUUACGAGGAAGCUGACAGCGAUCCCACGGGCGACGCGGCGGUGAAGACCCAGCAGACCCUGACCCUGUACGAGCUUGACCUCGGUCUGAAUCACGUAGUGCGAAAAUACAGCGAGCCGCUGGAGGAGCACGCCAACUUCCUCGUGUCCGUGCCAGGCGGCAACGAUGGCCCGAGCGGCGUUCUCAUCUGCUCCGAGAAUUAUUUGACCUACAAGAACCUCGGGGAUCAGCAUGACAUCCGUUGUCCGAUCCCGCGACGUCGCAACGACCUGGACGACCCCGAGAGAGGCAUGAUAUUCGUAUGCUCGGCCACCCAUAAGACGAAGAGCAUGUUCUUCUUCCUGGCACAGACCGAGCAGGGAGACAUCUUCAAAAUCACCCUCGAGACCGACGAGGAGGAUAUGGUAACCGAGAUCAAGCUCAAGUACUUCGACACCGUGCCCGUCGCAGCGAGUAUGUGCGUCCUGAAGACAGGCUUCCUAUUUGUCGCCUCGGAAUUCGGCAACCACUACCUGUAUCAGAUAGCGCAUCUCGGGGACGAUGACGAUGAGCCCGAGUUCAGCUCGGCGAUGCCGCUCGAGGAAGGCGACACCUUCUUCUUCGCCCCGCGACCGCUUCGGAAUCUUGUCCUGGUUGACGAAAUGGACAGUCUCUCGCCCAUAAUGGCUUGUCAGGUGGCAGAUCUCGCGAACGAGGACACGCCGCAGUUGUACAUCGCCUGCGGUCGAGGACCGCGCUCGACCUUGCGCGUACUACGUCACGGUCUGGAGGUCUCCGAGAUGGCGGUGAGCGAGCUGCCCGGUAAUCCAAAUGCCGUGUGGACCGUGAAACGGAGAGUCGAUGAGGAAUAUGAUGCAUACAUCAUAGUGUCCUUCGUGAAUGCCACCCUAGUACUCAGUAUCGGCGAGACUGUCGAGGAAGUGACGGACUCGGGUUUUCUCGGUACGACACCGACCUUGAGUUGCUCGGCAUUAGGCGAGGACGCAUUGGUGCAGGUAUAUCCUGACGGUAUACGUCACAUCCGAGCAGAUAAACGUGUGAACGAAUGGAAGGCGCCUGGCAAGAAGACCAUCGUAAAGUGCGCGGUCAAUCAACGUCAAGUUGUAAUCGCUCUCACCGGAGGAGAACUCGUCUACUUCGAGAUGGAUCCUACCGGCCAAUUGAACGAAUAUACGGAGAGGAAGAAGAUGCCGUCGGAAGUGAUGUGUAUGGCCCUGGGAAACGUCGCCGUGGGCGAGCAACGUUCGUGGUUCCUGGCUGUAGGUCUACAGGACAAUACAGUGAGGAUAAUAUCUCUGGAUCCCUCGGAUUGUCUGGCGCCGAGGAGUAUGCAAGCGUUACCAGCAGCUGCAGAAAGUCUGUGUAUCGUGGAGAUGGGGGCUAAAGAAGCCGACAAUUCCGAGGAUUCGGCGCCGCAACAAUCCAGUUUAUAUUUAAAUAUAGGUUUGCAGAAUGGAGUAUUGCUUAGAACCGUGCUGGACCCGAUUUCUGGCGAUCUCGCGGACACGAGAACGCGGUACCUCGGCUCUCGCCCCGUCAAGCUCUUCAGAAUACGCAUGCAGGGCAAUCAGGCUGUACUAGCGAUGAGCAGUCGAUCGUGGCUCAGUUAUUACCAUCAGAAUCGUUUUCAUCUCACGCCUCUGUCAUACGAGAGUCUGGAGUUCGCCUCGGGCUUCAGUUCCGAGCAAUGCCCGGAAGGUAUCGUCGCUAUAUCGACGAACACGUUGAGGAUCUUAGCCCUGGAGAAGCUGGGUGCUGUGUUCAAUCAAGUGAGCUUCCCUUUGGAAUAUACGCCGCGAAAGUUCGCGAUUCACGCGGACUCCGCGCACCUGGUGGUCAUCGAGACCGAGCACAACGCGUACACGGAAGAGACCAAGCAACAGAGGAGGCUGCAGAUGGCGGAGGAAAUGCAGGAAGCGGCCGGUGCCGAAGAGGCCGCCGUUGCUCGAGAAUUGGCGGAGGCAUUCCUGUCAGAGGAACCGAACGAGACAGUGUUCGGCGCCCCGCGAGCCGGACCGGGCCUUUGGGCCUCGAUGCUGAGAAUUAUGGCGCCCACCACCGGCCAGACAUUCGAGGUGCAUCGCUUUGAGCAAAAUCUAGCCGCGUUGUGCCUCUGUCUCGUCAAGUUCGCCAAUCAAGGAGAUCAGCUGUUUCUUAUCGUCGGAGUCGCUAAGGAGUUUCAAUUGAAUCCCAGAGUCAGCAACGGCGGUUUCCUUUACACAUAUAAAGUAAAUGCGGAGUGUACCAGUAUCGAGCUGCUUCACAAAUCUCUCUUGGACGAGGUACCGCUGGCCAUUUGUCCGUAUCAGGGUCGCGUACUGGUCGGCGUGGGUAGGAUGCUACGGCUUUACGACAUGGGUAAGAAGAAGUUACUGCGCAAGUGUGAGAACAAGCACAUACCCAACGCCGUGGUCUCGAUCAACGCAAUUGGUCAACGGAUCUACGUCAGCGACGUGCAGGAGUCCGUGUACGCGGUGAGAUACAAACGCCAGGAGAAUCAAUUAAUCGUCUUCGCGGACGACACCCAUCCACGAUGGAUCACGACCACCUGCGUGCUGGACUAUGACACCGUUGCCACGGCCGACAAGUUCGGCAAUAUAGCCGUCAUACGGUUGGCUACCGGUAUCAACGACGACGUGGACGAGGACCCCACGGGGAACAAGGCCCUGUGGGACCGGGGCUUGCUGAACGGAGCCAGCCAGAAGGCGGACACGGUCGCCUGCUUCCACGUAGGCGAGACGGUGAUGUCGCUGCAGAAGGCGACCCUGAUACCGGGCGGCUCCGAGAGUCUGGUCUACACCACCCUCAGCGGAACCGUGGGCGUCCUGGUGCCGUUUACCAGCCACGAGGACCACGACUUCUUUCAACACCUGGAGAUGCACAUGCGAUCCGAGCAUCCGCCCUUAUGCGGCAGGGAUCAUCUGUCCUUCCGCUCGUACUAUUACCCGGUGAAGAACGUCAUCGACGGCGAUCUCUGUGAACAAUUCAAUUCCAUCGAACCUGCCAAGCAGAAGAGCAUCUCCGGCGACCUCGAAAGAACGCCGUCCGAGGUGUCGAAGAAACUGGAGGACAUACGCACGCGUUACGCGUUCUAAGAUGCUGCUCCGCGAGUACAUCGUAUCUUUCGAUAUGUUGUUUUUCCAUUUUUUUUCUCAGCACUCAUGUGUCUCGUUAAUCGGCAGAUCUUGGAAAAUUUGUUGUACAUUUAUUAUAAUUUCUAUUUUUUACACACCUUCCUAAGUAGCAAACU